UAGUACUGAACACUAAACACUAAUCACGGCACACUUCAGAGCUGAACACUAAACAGUGUUUAGUAAACACUAAUCCCAGCCCAGGUGAUUUCCGCCUGAGUGAUUUUGUCUGGGCUGGAGGUUCAAAGUCCACAGACGACGAGCGAUACGCAGGAUGAGGGAUCCCGUGGGCAGCUGCUAUUACAACUCCCUAUACCAAGAUGUGAAGCGAUAUUCAAAGCACGGGGAAUACUUCUUCAAAGAACUGAUGGCAGUUUUCCAGCAAAGGGCUGAGCUGGAACUCAACUAUGCCAAAGGAAUCCAGAAACUAGCCGGUAGACUUCUCAGGGCGUCAAAAGGAAUGUCAAAUAAUUCCACCUACAGCGCCUGGUGCCACGUGUCGGACGAGAUGUACUCCACAGCAGACACACACAGAACUCUGGGAAAUGCUUUCCAGCAAGAAGCCGUCCUGGAAUUACGACAAGUUUUAGACGAGCACAGUAAAAGGAAGAGGCCUCUUGACAAUCAUGUCGAGAAAACCGGAAAACUGUUGACAGCCAACUGGAACGAGCAACUGAAGAUGAAGAAGAAACUGGUCGGGAUAACCAGAGAGCACGAGGCACUCGUCAACUUUGUUGAAACCAAUAAGCACAUCUGCACUGAAAAGGAAAAACAAAAGAUGCUCAACCGACUGACCAAAUCAGCACAGACCCAGGCCAAACUGGACGAGGAAUACUUUAGCAGGAACAUGGAGGGCCAUCAGGUCCGACUGAAGUGGGAGAACACGUUGAAGAACUGCUACCAGAUAAUCCAGGAGCUGGAGAAGCAGCGCCUGGAGAUUUUGAGCACCACCCUGGACAGAUACCGCCUCCACAUUUCAGGCUUUGGACAGAGCCUCAUGCAGGGUCAGAGGGGGGUUGAGCAGGCGAUGCAGAGAGUGGACUUGCAGAAGGACAUCCAAGCGCUGGUGGAGGAAACCAGUGCCACAGCCCAGGAGAACAAAGCAGACUUUUUGAUGGCUGACUAUUUUGAGGAAGACAGCAAAUCCCUGAUGGGGAAGGAGAGAAGGAGAGACGCCAUCAAAGUGAAACUCCAACGUUUGGAAGAAAGCAUUGCAAAGACAAAGAAAGAUUGCGAGGGACUACUGAAACUGAUGAAAAGCAACUCUGAUAAUCCCUCCUCUGCAAACCAGAAGAACAUGAAGGAAACCCGGCAGCUGCUCGAGGAGACAACCCUGAAGCAGGAUCUCCUUGAAGCCACUCAUUAUAAAGUGUCCCUGUCGCUGGUGGCGCUGGGGGAGUGCAGGGCCAUCCAUCGCUUCAGCCACAGCAUCUCCAAAUGGAAGGACAAGGAUUGUGAGCACAGUGUUAUUCAACUGACCCGUCCAGUGGUCAUGAGGAAGUCCUCCAGAACUCGGCUGUCCCCCAGACAGACCUCCAGCAUGUACAACAAGGGGGCCCCUCCCCCAGACCAGGGCCCCCCUCACCCUGAGCAAGGCCCCCCAUGAGGCACUGGGUAAGAUGUAGUGGAGGAGUUGAGCAGCCGCCCCCCUCCAGCUACUGGAGGAGCCGUCCCCCCUCCCUCGUCAGCCGGUGAAGCGAGCCCAGCGCCUCUCCCGCGGACGCCAUUCAUUCACUAUUCAAUACGAAGAGGGGGCAGGACGUCACCCUCCUCUCCUGCAGCUAUGCUAAUAUAGAAUCUCUCUAUCCAGAUAUAAUACUCAUACAUCUAGAUAUAUGGAUAUAUUAUAUAGGUGGGGAUCAGUCCAUGUGUUUUGUACUUUGUCGUACGGACUGUGCACUUAGUUUUGGUAGAAAUUUGAUGUAAUGUGUGAUAAAAUGACUUCAGACUGA